CAGUGGGUUAAAGCCUAAAUACUGUCUUGAUGAAAGUCAAAUGAAACGACCAAAAACACUUGAAAAUAAAAUAAUAGGUUAAUUUUGAAAAUGCUAUUGUUUUUACAAGUACAGCAAACAAUGUACUCCAAACAGUGAGGAGGUCAAUCCCAACAGAAUUUACAAAAUGUACAAAAUAUUAUAACCAGUUUAAUGAUAAGUUUCGUCUAAAAUUCAUGAAUAAACGAAACAGCUGAAGGCUCUGGAAUCAUUCUAGCAAGGACACUGAAAUGGACAGUUGUCUUGUUCUUAAAGUUUUUAAUAAUAAUUACAUAAAGUGCUCUUACGAUUUACAUCAAACAGCCAGAUGCGUCUUGCUUAUCUUGUUAGAUACAAGACCCAACCCCCAGUGGUCCCCAGCUUGGGAAGGUGGAGUCAACAUUUGUAUUCAAAACAUUAUCCUGCUCAGCUUUAAAAGGCCCUGCCAAAAAAACACAGAUUGCUUGAGUUUUUUGGCACGCAGUUAACAGCUACCUGAUUAACCAUGAGUCUUUCUGCAAAAGACAAAGAGGCGGUGAAGACCUUCUUUGGCAAAGUUGGCUCUAAGGCUGAGGACAUCGGCAACGAGGCUCUGUCAAGGACUCUGUCGGUUUACCCUCAAACGAAGACGUACUUCUCCCACUGGGCAGACCUGAGCCCUGGCUCACCUCAGGUGAGAAAACAUGGGCUGACAGUAAUGACCGGAGUCCUCACCGCUGUCGGUCUGAUCGAUGAUCUCAAGGCCGGUCUGCUCACUCUCAGCGAGCUGCACGCAUACAUGCUGCGUGUGGACCCCGCUAACUUCAAGAUCAUCAAUCACAAUAUCCUUGUGGUGCUCGCCAUGAUGUUUCCUGAUGACUUCACUCCUGAAGUGCAUGUUUCUGUGGACAAGUUCCUCGCUCUGGUCAGCCUGGCCCUCUCUGAGAAGUACCGCUAAAGUGGACUCUGUGUUCAUCUCUGAUGCGACACUGUAC